CACAACAUGAAGCUCGCCGGCACCGUGGUCGUCCUGAGCUUGGCCGUCAUGACGGUGCUCAUCUACCAGGCCGUGAACCAGGAGCUCCGGCUGCGCAGACUGAAGACCCGCACGUCGGAGAGCCAAGAGACGGUGAAGGCGAAGGAGGAAACGAUCAUCGAGGUGAAGAAGAAAACCGUGGAGCUGAAGGCGGAGAUGGACGCCGCCAACGCCAAGAUAGACGAGCUGAGGAACCAGAAGGGAGAGCUCGAAAAGUCCAUACAGGGGCUUGACACGAGUCUGGCCACCUGCAACACGGACAAGGAAGAGGCAGAUAAGAAGAAGAAAGAAGUGUCGGAGACCAUGGAUAAAGUUAAAGCUGAUCACGCAGAGGCUAAAAAGAAAGCAGAGGAGGAUGUAAAGACCUUGAAACAACAGAUCCUGGAUAAAGAUAAAGCUAUUUGUGCCUUUGCCGACAUGACAAAAGAAGAAGCAAAGAAUCUGUGUGGAGUCGCCGUGGCUGCAGUGUAAAGUCAACUCAGAACACUCAACAUUGACUGAACUUUGCAUACAGGGAUAUUUUGUAAUAUCACUUUGAUUAUAGCUCAGAUUGUUUGAAACAAGAUGUGUACAUGCUUUUGUGGGACAAAUGGCAGAGACAGGGAGUAGGCAAAUGUAUAUAUAUUUUUUAAAAAUGUGUUUACUUUUUACUUUAAGUCUUCAUAAAUACAUGAAUGUGGCUGUUUAGCAGAGUCGUAGCCUCCCCUGAUUCGACUGGUAAAACUAGUUGUGUAGCAUCUGAAUCAGCCUGCCUGAGGCAUAUACGAGCUGUGAAAUGUCCCCUGCCCCCAGUGGCAACCAGAGAAGUACAUGAUCAUCGCUGUGAUCUCCUGUGUGUUUGUUAAACUCGCUCAAUAGAACAACAUGUGUUUGCUUCUUUGAAAUACCAAGUCAGGAGGUGGAGGAUAUGUAAUUAAAGUAAAACACUAUUAAAUGUUUAUAUAAAUGACUACUGACAGGUGUGUUUCCAAACAUGUGUAUAAAAGCCACAGUACUUUCUAUCUAUUAUCUGAUUUAUAGACAAUAAAGUGUGACCGGGCAGAA